GCUGUAUCCUGUUAUGGCCUUCAAAAGCUCUCUGUGUUUGAAAAUACUACGGCCGUUUACUUGGCUUCUUUCGAGUAAUUUUACCCACGUAUCGCAGCAUUCAAUACCUACCUACGUAUUACCUCCGACGUGACUAUGAGCUGGGCGCACGGUCAAUGUUUGUGACUCUUCGGUGCAAUAAAGACGGCAUGUCCGUUGAGAACGUCCCGGCUACUACAGAGGACGGCACUCGGCCGCGACAUUCUGCUUGCAAUAACUGCCGUCUUAAAAAGUUGAAAUGUUCCGGGGACAGAAAUGCAUGUUCAGCUUGUGUCUCGAGCAAAACAGUAUGUUUAUAUUCGACGCCGGCUUCUCAAGCAAUCAAAUCCAGACGCGAGACUCGAAAAAGCCGACGUAGGCUUUCUAUAACUCGAGAUAAUGCUCCUUUGACUCCUGCGAGAGAAGAUCCGCAGACGGAUUCGGAGCCAACACAAGAACAGCCGCUGUCUAGCCACGCCAUGACCCCCAACACUGGCCCCCUGUUAACGUCUCUCCCAACGGGGUUGGAUAACAACGCGGGAGAACCGCAUCUAUCAGAUAUUUCGCAAUUAUCCAAUAGUGAUGAACAGCUUCUUGGCGCCAAUUGGACUCCCAGUUCGUUAAGUUAUGUGGACGAAAUUAUCAAUGGCACCUCCGAUGCAAUUACUUGUGACAAUGAAGACUACUCGGCUUUAGAACAAAGGGGUUUGCCUGUAGAUGAUGACCUCGAUUUAAAUGCCAUUCCAUCAUCAUCCUAUCUUACGUUCCUUGGGCUUGCUGGGGCUUCGAAUGACAGGAGUUCAACGGAAGUUUCGCAAUUAUCUUCAGAGAGUUCUACUCACCUUGCACCCCCUGAACAAGCCUUGAAACACUUUGAUAUGCAACUGCCAUAUGGCCCUUCCGAUGUCGCCGCCACACCAACCUGCAUAUGCUUGGUAGAUGUAGUCGAUAUUCUUGAGAAGUUGGAGGUCCUCGACGUUGAGGAUCAUCAAGCUUCCACGAACACGAUCGAUGGUAUCCUUUCACUGAAUAAGAAUGCCAUCGCCAAAUGCAACUCAAUGCUGGAUUGCUCGAACUGUCGCUUGCUUUCAAGCCAUGUAAUGCUAGUUAUCCUCAUUGGUCGCAAUCUUGUGCUACAGUUUGAACGACUUUUGUCGAAGUUGACUUCAACAGAGAGUCACAACUCCCAUGCAUAUGGCAGCCAUGGUAUGUAUAGUUGUGGUCAAUUAUGCACUGAGAUGAGUACAUCCCUUGGAAAAUACUCCGUCGAAACUUCGGAAGAGUGGAAAGGCAUGAUGCAUGCGUUAGGAGUCAUACAGGGAAAGUCCCUGGGGAUAUUUCUAGAACGCGUGAGAAGCACUGCUACGUAUAGGAACUGGAUGGCGCAUCGGUGCAUCCUGGAAAGACUAGAACCACGGUAUCAUAGUACGAUGAGAUCUCUACAGAGCUGUAACUUGACUUCAACGUAGGCGCUUUUAAUAGGAUAAACACACACACGCAUAUUUUGAC